AUGGGAGUCGAAUUGAUAGUUGAAGUGACGGCGUUUGUCUCUUCUAUAAGUGUCGACAGAGGAGGAGAUUUACAAGGCCAGUUAACAGUUCCGUCAUGGAUGCAGCUUGCCCGCCUUCCCGCCCCUCUUUGCCUCAGGGACACAUGGGGCGAGAUACACUCCCACCUACCAACAGCACACUCCCACUCGCCUACCCAUCUACCUACCUUUUUUGCAGCUCACCUUCGCGAAAGUCACAUCCUUAAUCUCCCGCCCUCGCUUUCUCAUCUUCCUGUCGUAAGCCAAAUCAGACAGGGGGCCAAGACAGCAACAGCUGUUGCAAGAUGUUAUCCAGUCUCGGAGAAUGAAGCAAAGGCAAUUAUGUGUUUUAAGUGGCGCGCGCGCGCAAAUUGUGGUGGGCUUUAA